UCUACUUAAUCCAAUCAUCAAUAAAUAAAAAAAAAACUUUUCAGUUUUAAACGAAUAAUGUUAAGCCGGUUUCAACGACUUCUACUUGCUCUAAUUUUAAUCACAAUAAAUUCAAUAAAAUGUAGUUAUACUUACUUCGCUAUAGAACAAUGUCCCGGCACCGAUGUUCCCAAUAUAAGACAUCAAACACAAUUCAACGAAAUCUCGGUAAUAUUCUAUUACACUCAAUGGAGUGAGGAGAGUUUAGAAGCAUUAAAACAUUACAAUGAUGUGGCAGAACAUUUUGGAGAUCGGGUAUAUUUUGCAGCCGUAGAUUGUUGGCAUUUGGCGUGUAAUUGCUCUAGAACUUUAACAACCACAGUGGGCUCGGGUUCUCCACACAAAUGGCCAACAUUGAUGGUACAUUACGGCCGUCAGGGACAAUUGAAAAUUCAAUAUAAUGGUCUAUUUACCUAUAGAGCUAUGGUGCAAUUUCUAAAAAAUGUCAUGCAACCAUUAGAACGUUUAGCAAGUAGACAGGAAUUGGAUCAAAUGAAAGCGUCAACAGAUGCCAUUGUCCUGGGAGUAUUUGAAAAUGCAAAUGUUAAGGAAUUUAAACAGUACUUAAUGGCAUCAUUAAAGUGGUUGGAGCAUGACCCCAUACGCUCGUAUUGUUUUACAGUUAAUUUUGUUAAACCUAAUGACACCAACGUUAAAGUACCCAAUUUAUUAUUACAAACUCAUAAGACCAAAAAAUCUUUUUUGGAUUAUCAUGACUUCAAAUGGAAUGCCAGCAACAUAGUGCAUUGGUUACAAGAUGAUCUUAAUGAUGAUUACAGUCUCCUGCAUGGUUAUAACACACCCAUAACGAUUGUCCAAAAAAUGAAAAAGCAACCGGUAUUGGUUAUUUUUGUAAAUCAGCCGCAACAAUUCUUUGGCUACAUGGAGAAAUAUGUGGACAAACAGCAGCACUUUACAAAGGCCGCAUUAGCUUGUAAAAAGUCAACCAAAAGAAGAGAUGAAAUAGGCAAUAUCCAGCAAGUUAUGCGCAAUUUACCUAUCUUUAGCGAUAGUUCUUAUUGUCAUUAUUAUAACUCAGAUAUAGUAUUGAAGAAUCUUCAUAAUUAUUAUGAAAUCAAUCAUUAUAUAAAAAGAUAUUUAAACAAUUCGCCAAUCCUGCUUUAAAACCAACAAAUUUAUAAUCCCACUAAAGAAGUUUAUGAACUAUUAGAUUUUUUCCAAGCCACAGACUGUAUUCUGAAGAAAGAUGUUGCUUUACAAACAACUUUACACAUCAGUGUGGUCAAAAGAUUGGAAGGUUACUUAAAUAAUGAACAACACCUCCAAAACAGCAAUCGUUCCUUGGCUACGGUGCUAUUGGAUACACAACGUUAUCAAGAUUAUUUGGAAAAUCUUGAUAUAACUCCCACCCCCAAAAGUAUGGCCACUGUUUUUCUAAUAGACCAGGAAAAAGAAAAUAUGUUUGUCAUGGAGGAUACAUUUGCCAUGUACAAUUUAAUGGAAUUUAUUAAGAAGUUCUACAACAAUGGUUUGACUAAUUAUUAUAAAAUAAAGAAAACAUUCCCCAAUAGCUUAACUCGUUCAUCUUAUACCUCUAACUAUGAUAUGGAAUUAAAACACUUAAAUCGUGUAAUAUUUUUAAAUAACCUACAACACAGCCACAAUCAAACCUUAAUAGUUUUAAUAUAUUCACCUGAUUGUGCUCUUUGCGGUAAUAUACAACAUUCCUUCAUACAACUCUCUUUAUUACUACGUCAUAUUCCAGACUUGAAAUUUAUACGCAUUAAUGUCAUGGAGAAUGAUUUACCUUGGCAAUAUAAUAUGCCUUUUCUGCCUGCUCUACUAGUAUUUCCAGAGCAACGUUUUUUCGAGUCACGUAUGUUUCCUUUACACUUAAAACCAGAUAUACGUAAUGUUUUUGGUUUUAUACUAUCACAACUUAAGGCCCCGCAACAGGUUAGUCUUGUAUUGGCCAUGUGUCAGAAAGGUUCAUUGCCAGCGGUUCAC